UUUCUGAAGUAUCCAUAAUUUUUGAACAUUAUUUUGAAAGAAAACAUUUUAUUAUUUGAUUUUUAUCAUAAUCGUCAUGAAACAUGUUUAAAGUAGUGGAAAAGACUGUGUUGUGCGUCUUGGUGGUUGCUGCAACCGUAUCAUGCAGGAUACAUAAACUGCAUCUUUCGGACGAUGAACGUCGUUACGUGGACCUCACGACCUUCGGGUUCUUCAAGGGCGGUAUUCUCGACGUGAAGAUGGUGAACUUUAUGAUGCCGUCGGGACCUGUCUACGGAGAGUACGGUUUCACGUUGGACCGCACGAUAAACGCAGCUAUCAGCCCGUACCUCGCCCAGUCCAACUCAGCAACAUGCUUCCUCAAGGAGAGCGAUAACAGUAUAUUAUCACCUCAGCAUCCAGCCAUUGUGUUCUUAAAGAUGGACUUUAAGAAUCUCAGAUUAAAUGUGACCUGUAAAGCCAAAGUGCUGCAUCUUUAUCAGAAUAAAUCUGUCAUCCCAGAUAUGAUACCGACUGAAGAAAAGUGUUCGUAUACAGUCCUACCGAUUACAAAGGAAACGAGGAACGGAUUCGACUAUUAUAACACUAGCUUCGCGCUAUACGUUGCCACGGAGAAAGAGGAAGGCCUAUACAAUCUGUACUUGAACAAUUGUCCAAGUUCCGAUGUUGGUACAGCACCUGCGGUUAAUAUGAUUGUGGAAAUAUACGAAAGCAACGACGGUAACUUCCUGUCGGCCGGUGAAAUGCCUCUCCCAGUACUGUACAGCAUGAUGUCUUUGAUAUUCCUGAUGAGUGCAGCGCUGUGGACGUUCAUACUGCGAGCGAGUCGCCAGCCGGUCUACCGAAUACAUAUAAUCAUGUGUGUGCUGGUGUACCUCAAGGCGUUGUCGUUAGCCUUCCAUGGAAUAAACUACCACUUUAUACAGACUAAAGGAGAACACGUGACGGCUUGGGCGAUUCUUUACUAUAUUACGCAUUUACUAAAGGGAGCCGUGUUGUUCGUGACAAUAGUUCUCGUGGGCACUGGCUGGAACUUCAUCAAGCACAUACUCUCCGACAGAGAUAAGAAGCUGUUCAUGAUUGUUAUACCGCUCCAGGUAUUAGCAAACGUAGCAGAGAUAAUACUAGCGGAGAGCGAGGAGGGCGCGGCCGAGCAUAACGCGUGGCGAGACAUCUUCGUGCUGGUGGAACUGCUGUGCUGCGGCGCCAUCAUGUUCCCCGUCGUAUGGUCAAUACGGCACCUGCAGGAUGCAUCAAGCACGGACGGCAAAGCGGCCAUUAACCUUCGCAAGCUGAAACUGUUCAGGCACUUCUACGUCAUGGUGGUGUGCUACAUAUACUUCACUAGGAUCGUUAUUUCUAUAUUGAAUAUAACAGUACCGUUUCAAUACGCGUGGAUCGACGAGAUGUUCCGCGAGGUGGCGACGCUGGUGUUCUUCGUGAUGACGGGCUACAAGUUCCGUCCCGCCGCCGCCAACCCCUACUUCACGCCCACACACAUUGACGACGUCGAGCCUCAAGUUCUUUCAGACAUUGGAGUGCUCGAAGGCGUAACACGGAUAUCGAAUCGAGGCGAUAGAAAACGCGAGGACCUACAACCGCUCAUGCAGGAAACUAACUAUAAUUCUGAUUAGGCUUUAAGCAUACUUUUUUAAUCUAGCUAUUAGGUUGUAAGCACACUGGGAAGGUCAAACCAUACAUUCUACUAACAUACCCCAGCUCUCUGAAAGGGGUCAUCCAUUAAUUACCUGAUGUCUUUCGGAAUUAGCAAUCCUCUGGUGAUAAUCCUUUUUUUUCUGAAUGGUAAGAGAAGAGAAUCUUUUAAGCCUAAUGUAAUUAAUGGAAGAUCCCCAAGGCGUCUUGAUGCCUGUAAUAUAAGUGUAAAGGACAAUGGGCGAUUCCGGUCCAAAUGUCCACCACGAACGAGACCUAUAUGGCCAGAUAGCCCGUUAAAUAUAGAACAUUUUUUGUUAUGAAAGUUAAAAAAAAUAUAAUGC